GCCCGUAUCUCUUUCAUUAAUUCGUGUUCAUACUCUGAUUUCUUCAACUCUUCUUAUUCUUAUCCGAUCAAUAGAAGAGCAAGAAAAUGCAGGAAGAAGGUGCAAUCAUCGUUGGAGCCGGGCCGUCCGGCCUCGCCGUCGCCGCCUGCCUGAACCUCCUCUCCAUCCCCAACACGGUUCUCGAAAGAGAAGAUUGCUUUGCUUCUCUGUGGAAGAAAAAAUCCUACGACCGUCUUCAUCUUCACUUGCCUAAGAAAUUCUGCGAGCUCCCUCACAUGUCAUUUCCCUCCUCUUGUCCCAAGUACGUUCCUAGGGACAUGUUCAUACAGUACUUAGACGACUACGUCUCUCAUUUUAAGAUUAGUCCCCUUUACCAAAGGCUCGUUGAGUCGGCAACUUACGAUGACGGCUCCAAAAAAUGGUAUGUUAAGGUAAAGAAUGGCGGUUCCGGCAGCACCGAAGAGUAUUCCGGUAGGUUUUUGGUUGUGGCCACCGGAGAAACAAGCGAUGCGUUUAUUCCGGCGGUCGAUGGUUUGAAAGCUUUCACGGGCGAUGUGAUUCACUCGACCCAGUAUAAAUCUGGGAAGGAGUACAAUGGAAAGAAUGUUUUGGUUGUAGGGUCUGGGAAUUCUGGCAUGGAGAUUGCACUUGACCUAUCAAACCAUGGUGCAAUGACCUCCCUCGUGGUUCGAAGCCCGGUUCACAUUCUGUCAAGAGAAAUGGUGAAUUUGGGGUUGACUUUGUUAAGGUACCUUCCCUUCUACAUGGUGGACUCUUUGCUUGUCCUGCUCAGCAAGCUUUUCUAUGGAGACCUUGGCCGGCAUGGGAUCAGUAGGCCUCAAGAGGGUCCAUUUUUCCUUAAAGUGAAGGAUGGAAAAUAUCCUAUUAUUGAUGUAGGCACGUGCAAGAAGAUUAAGUCUCGUGAGAUUCAGGUCUUGCCAGCAAUGACUAGCAUAAAGGGGAACGAAGUGCAGUUUAAGAAUGGCAUGUCACAUCCAUUUGAGGUUAUUGUUUUUGCAACUGGCUUUAAAAGAUCAACAAAUAUGUGGCUCAAGGGAGACAGUUACCUUUUAAAUGAGGAUGGGAUACCAAAGCCAAGUUUUCCAAACCACUGGAAGGGCAAAGAUGGUCUGUACUGUGCUGGACUGGCAAGGAGAGGCCUUUAUGGAGCUGCCAUGGAUGCCCGCAACAUUGCCCAAGAUAUCAGCAAACUCUUCUAAGCUUCAUUAUAUAUAUACACCCAUGAUUAUAUAAUUAUUAAGGAGUACUGUGUUACAUACAUACAUAUAUAUGUUAACAAUGCAUCACAGCUCGGCAUACUCAAUGAGAGUGAUACCGUCGAUGGUUACAUCGACGGUUUCAAACAAAAACAAACUCUAAAAAAAAUUAUCGAUGGUGUCAUCAAACUGUCGACGAUUUUGUCCGUUACAGAUUUAAAUGUCAAAUAUUUGAGAUAAAUCAGUCAAAGAUCCAAAGUCAAUUAUCUGGGGAUCAUGACAAUAAAUCAGAGUUUAUUGAUUCAGAGAAUAUCUAAGGAGCAGAUAUGUCCAUAAAGCAGAUUGUAUGGACUCCUAAUAAAAUAUGUGAAUAUUUUAGAUUCUAUGGGAUUCAUAUUAUCUCAAAUUUCAUGAGAUUUAAGAUGUCUCAUGUAUCAUGUAGUUUAAAUAUCCCUACUUGUAUUCUCGUUAUGCACUUAGUGUUCACGGUUCAGUUAUUACAAUAAAAAUACCAUUGGUUCUUCA